AUGGCAGCCACGCACGGCGACAUGACCACCCGACCUGCGGCCGAUGGUGCAAGAGGGUCGACGGCAACGACGCCGGCGGCACCGCCUCGACUCGAAUGCGAGUGGCGAUACGAGGAUGGGCGCAUCGACUGGGCGCGCUUCCGCUCGACGAUCGACUCGCUCUCCCGCCGCCCUCCCACCGUCACGUCGUCGUCGACGCCGGUAUCGUCGGGCCCGGCCGAGGCGGAACCAUCGACGUGGUCGGUCCUCGUCUCGCCCAAGACGCGCGACGCCUACCUGCUUCACCUGCUCGGCCUCAACUUCACGCACUACUACGACGAUCUCGAGCUCGACUAUUUCGGUCUCGACAGCGUGGUCCAGUACUCGGCGCUCCUCCUCCUCCAACGCGACUACGAGCUGGCGUCCGGACCGCUGCCCUUUUCCGUCAAGCGGUCCGACGACCUCAACGAGGCCGUCGCCGAGGUCCUCUCGCUACCCUUCCUGCUCGACCUCUACCGCAUCGAUGCCGCCGACGAGAUCGACGACGCGUGGAAGCAGGACAAGGGCAACAGGGUCAAGGCCGAGUGGGUGGUGCACGUCUGCCUGCUCAAGUUCCUCCAGCAGGCGUUUGACAGGUUGCUCGAGGACGUCGACAAUCCCAGGCAGACAUGGAACCUGCGCACAAUCAGGGAAAAGAGGAGCGAGAGGUACGAUGCCGUUUGCAGGAGCUAUGCGCGGCGCAAAGGACCGAGUGCAGAAGCUGGUGGGCGAGAGGAGCGGGGACCGAGACUGCACCAGUCUGGCAGGAAGGACGACCGCGCCCAGUCGUCGCGAGCGGGCAAGGGGCCAGCGGAGACCACCUCGCCCAUCGAGAGGUACGAUACCGUCCCAGGCGAGGCCCAGGGCGGGCCGAGAGGAACGUCGACUUCGGCCCCGACGUCGAGCGGAUCCACGCUCGGAGGCGGCAAACGGGUCGCAUCCACCCAGACCUCAGCAACAACGGCGACGGCCUCAAGAGACAAAGACACCGAGAUUCCGACGCCGCAGCACCGUCGUCCGGCCACCGAGGACUUUGACAGGGAUGGCACAGCGUCGCCCACACCAGUACCAGCCGACCGAACACACUCCGCUGGCAAACAGCCUAUCUUUCGACCGAGCAGUCGGCUCACAGCCCAAGCGCCACGAGAGGAGCACGAUCGCGUGGGGGCGGCUGAGCCUCCAAACGCUUCCCAGGCAUCGUCCAUACGCUCCACGACGUCAAGGCGCGAGCCGUCCGCCAAGGCUAGCCACGAGGUGGCUUCGGGCCGACCCAAAGUGACCGGGAAGAAGGCUUCAAAGACGCAGCGUCCUCGCAAGCCGGCACCCCCGCCCAAGGACGUCAUAGACCUCACGUUGACGACGGACGAGGAAGACGACGAUGACGACGAUGAUGACGUAGACGUUGUCGCCGACGACAGCUACGAAGAAGAGGGAGGGGGAGCGGCGCCACCCCGAUCGAAACGACCAGGAUCAUCUCGAGGACGCGGACGCAAACACGUUCGCGGCCUCGGCCGUCGUCGUCCGCCAAAGUCGAGCUCGCAGGCCAUCAAGCGCGAAGACGAGGUGCAAGAGCUCGUCGUGGAAGUCGUCAGGCCGAAGCAGAGCCAACCGACCAUGACGCAACAGAUCGCCGACGCGGUCGAGGCGGCGUUGACGAGGCACCUGGGAGAUCCCCAGGCGAUAGCGGCGGCAGCGGCGGCGCCAAAAGCCCGACGGACGCAGCUGCAUUCGGCGGCCGCCCCGUUCCAGCCUGCGAUCCAGGUAUCGCCGCAGAUGCUGCAUACCGUCGCGCGGCUGCAGGAGGAAGAGGCCAUCGAGGGCUACAGCGUCGCACCGCGUGCGGCUCCUCUUGCCUCUUCCUCGUCGUCGCCGCCGUCGACGUCGUCAUCGUUGCGGAUCGACAGGCAGUUUCACGUCGCCCCGUCGCACGGGUACCGCCAUGCGCCGCCCUACUACGGCCAGAACGCGAGCUCGUACCACGCUCCGACGGCGAUGUACGACGACCCGUACGUGCGCACCGACUUCGAUGCGACGUCGACGAUGCCGACGGCGGCGGUGUUCUCUCAGACGCCUCGGACCACCCAGAGCUCGAUGGCGGCGCAGCCGUUCAAUCCGCUCAAACGACACUUUCCCGACACGAUUCCCGCUCCCACUCUCGGUAUCGCUCCCGCUGCGGCUGCGGGCGACGAUGUGAGAUUGGCAAAGAGGACGAGGACGGAGCAGGUCACACCGCCGGAUGCGGGAAGUGCGAACGACAUCGAAUCGCAGAGAGAGGUGCAGGGCAUCCUCGACCUCUCCACCGUCACCCCCACCGCGACGACCAUGAGCGCCAGCAACACCACCGACAACGUGGUCCUGAGCAAGGCACCGCAGCAGCCGAGCCAGCUCGAGUCCCCGACGACGACGAUGGCGGCGGCGACGACAAUGUCGCAGGCGAAAGAGGUCGAGGCAGCGGCGGGAUCCACCACGUCCAAGGCGUACGCCUCGCUCCUCGAAGAGGCGCUCCGACCUCCCCUGGACACUCAGGAUGACGACGCGAACGUCUUCGACGGCGUCUUUGACGAUGCGGAUGAUGAGGCGCGGUGA